CCAAACAACGACAAAUGCUUUGAACGCCUUCGAAAUGAAAUUUCUGCCUCAACGCGUUCAAAGCAAAUGCACAGACUUGCAAGAGCCAGCGUCUCCUCCGCAUUUCGACGGCCUCCAACUCAUUCGUGCCGCAUAUUUCUGUGUAGACCGUUGCCUUCAUCCUUGAGACAGGUAUCCACCGAUCCCUCGUCGGCCGGUUCACCUUCAAAUUCUUCGCCGCUCAAUGCAUUGCCAGAAUCACAUACACAAGAGGUAGAGGCUAUUGAGGAGGAAGGGAUCAAUCAUGCCUUUCCAGACGUCAUGAAACCAGAUCCUCUUCAUGACGACCUUUUAGCCAUGGAAUUCCCUGCUACCAAACGCACACCGCACGCGAACCGCGUCAUAAUCCGCAGCGUCUAUGAACAACGUGUUAAUCAGGUGCUAGAAACAGGCGGUGCAGAGAAGUCAGAGAAUGGUGCCGAAGAAGAAGAAGACGCUGAUGAAGAAGGCGAAGUCUCUCCGCUUGCACACCUCCCUCUUAGCCGGGCAGCUCUCGAUAAGCUUUACAAAUUUCAGCUCAUUUCGCGGCGCAUCACGCAACAGACGGGGAAGGGAAAAAUACACCGACAAUAUGCGCUUGUUGUUGUGGGGAAUGGAGAUGGGCUAGUGGGGUAUGGAGAGGGCAAGGACGAAGAACUGCCGAGAGCAUCCGACAAGGCAUUCGCUGCUGCCGUCCGCAAUAUGGACUACGUUGAGCGCUUCGAGAAGCGUACGGUGUGGACGGACAUGGAAACUAAACUCGGCUCCACGCAUAUUAUCCUACGACCGCGUCCUGUUGGUUUCGGAUUGCGCUGUAAUCCAAACGUGCACCAGGUGCUCAAAGCAGCAGGCAUCAAGGAUGCCAGUGCAAAAGUAUGGGGCAGCCGUAAUCCACUCAACGUCAUCAAGGCUCUAUUCAGGGUGCUGCAGGCUGGGAACGCGCCGUUGUCUAUGGGUGAUGGCUUUGGAGGGAAGGCCAAGAAGCUCGAUAAGGGAUCUGGACUGCGUAACAAGAGUGCUGUAGAACGCGAUCGUGGGCGGAAGCUCGUGGAUCUUAGGACGUACUGAUUUGGGGUGCCGUUAGCUUCAUUCCCGUGUUUUGGCGUCCCUGCUUUGUGGCAUUAUUUCCCGCGGAAUAAAUUGAUUGGCUCAGUACGUUCUCUUACUCGACGUUCCUGCAGCGCCCAGCUAUGAUCGAAACCCGAGGCGAAGGUUAGUGGUAAGUUCAGGAAGACCCCCUUGAGCUGACGUCCGAAAUUAAAUUCUGUGCUUGGUGAGUAAGACAAAC